AUGCCAAGCACAUUUGCCCCAGUUGGCUGCGUUCCAGUCGGCCUCGGGCACGCUGGACUUGCCGACUCCGCGUAUCCGUAUCACGGUACUCCUCCGUAUAGGAUCCGCACUUCCUAUCGCGGGCUAUCGAAGCUGUCGAGACUUUCUCCGAAUCCCGACCCGUCUCUCCUCUCCAUUCUGCUCGUUUCAGCCUUACCAUCCGUGGGAUUCCAUCCAUGGAUCGGCGAUACUCGCCCCUGUCAGCCCCAACGCGCGGAUCGCAAUCAGCAACCACCAACCACGUCGACAAACUCAGACCGCCGCCCAGCCCAGCCUCGCCAACACUCGCACUCAGUACCUCACAAGCCGUCGGUCCGAAUGGCUCAAUUCACUAUUCUGAAAUAA